GAAUUGUAAAAGACGAGGACGAAGAUGAAACAUCUACUGCUAUAGAAUUUCACGAUUUAAGUGAUCUUUUAAUUAAAGAUGAUAUAGAAGAUAUGGAUGCAGAAGAUUCGCUUAUUCUUCCAUCACAUCAUAGAUGUGUGAGUCACAGUUUAAAUCUUGUCGCUGUAAAAGAUUCCGAGAAAGCUCUAGACAAUGAUGUUUCAUAUAAAAAACUAUACAGAUUGACAUUUGCUAAAUUAACCAAAUUAUGGAGUAAACAAAAUAAAUCUACACAAAUAUCUGACAAAAUAAAAGAAAUUUUAGGUGUCUAUUUAAAAACUCCUGUUAUUACCAGAUGGAACUCUACUUUUGAUUCUGUAAUGCAACUAGCAACAUUUUUAAAAAAUGAUCCCGACCAAAUCAAUCAAUGCCUUGAUCAUUGUAAUUUGCAACGAUUGACUGAACAUGAAAUGAAAUUCAUAGAAGAAUAUUGUCAGAUAAUGAAACCUUUAGCACAAUCUUUAGAUAUAUUGCAAAGCGAGAAAGGGAUGUAUAUGGGAUACUUAUUACCGAUCUUAAAAACAUUAAAAGAAAAAUUAGAGAAACUUAAUAAAAAUGAAAUUACGCAUUGCCAAUCAUUAAUCGCAGCUCUUCAACAAGGUUUAAAUAAAAGAUUUUCCUCAUUGUUUGAAAAAAAAAGAACUUAUUAUUGCAAGUUGUUUGCAUCCCAAAUUUAAAUUAAAUUGGAUACAUGGAGAAGAAAAAAAACUCGCUAAAACUUAUUUAGAAGACCUAUUAGGAAUUCGUUCCACCGAGAGUUCUCUAAACGAUGAAAAUCUCAACAACGAUGACUUUUUUGCUUUUGACCAGCAAACAAAAAAAGUCGAGUCUACACAAGAAGAACUGUACCGAUUCUUGAAAUCAAGUAAUUGCAAUGUUAAUAUAUUAAAAGAUUACAUUACAAUUAAAAAACUUUUUAUUAAAUAUAAUACGGCACUUCCGAGCAGUGCAUCUGUGGAACGAAUGUUUAGCGUUGGUGGUUUAGUAUUAACGCCUCAAAGAGCACAUCUCAACGAUGACACAAUUGAGUAUCAAAUCCUCUUAAAAAUUAAUAAAAAUUUUUAUUAAAAUUUUAAA